AUGUCUCUCGCACAGAAGGUUUGGCUCGUUACAGGUACAUCUUCUGGCUUAGGCAAGGAGCUCGUAUCGUCUGUACUUGCACGAGGCGACCGUGUCAUUGGGACGGUGCGCAACCUCAAAGAUGCCCCCAUCGUAUCGGAUGCUGCACGCCAGCGCCUGCACGUUGUCAAACUGGACGUUACUGACCAGCCAGAGAACGUGCAGAGAGUGGUAAACGAGGCAGCAGCCAUUUGGGGACAAAUCGACGUGCUCGUAAACAAUGCCGGUUUUGGUGUUAUGUCCACGUUGGAAGAGGCUGCGCCACUCACACUGCAGAAACAAUUCCAGACGAAUGUAUUCGGGUCGAUUAACGUCACCAAUGCAGCCCUGCCUCAUAUGCGAGCACGGCAUUCGGGAACCAUUAUAAUGAUUGGUAGCAGAUCCGCGUGGCAGGGGGUUAAUAUGCCCCUCGCGGGAGCCUAUGCUGCAAGCAAAGCGGCAGUGCAUUCACUCGGCGAGACCUACUUCAUUGAACUCCGCCAGUUUGGUAUCCGCGUCUGCAUCGUCGCUCCAGGAGCGUUUCGUACUAACAACGUCGUCAAUAUGUAUACUACUCGCGACCAGCACAUCUCGGACUACGACGAGCUUCGCGAGGAACGGGGAGUCUUAAUCAAGAACAUGGCGAGGGCUGUCGGAGAUCCCAAGAAGGCAAUGGAGUUAUUGGUCGAUGCUGUCAGAGGCGAGGGGAGGGCACAGGGGAAGGAACUCCCACUGUAUCUGCCUCUCGGGCGCAUCACCAUAGACAAACUCAGGGACCAUUGUCAAAAGCUCUUGCGAGAUUUGAACGAAUGGGAAGACCUAGCAAAAGAUCUCGAUUUCGACGAAGCCUAG